UGGUCUCGUCUCCUUCCAGAAUAAGAGCAGCACAAUCGUCCACCGCGAAUCCCAAACCCCUCUCCCUGCUGCAAACCCACGCAUUCUCCUCGCCUGAUCCCGCCUGCGGCGUCGUCGUCGUCGUCGGCGGCGGCGGCGUCAUCUCCGACGAGGUUCCCGCGGCUCCUCUCUGGAUGAUACUGUAUAAGUAUAACAAACCAACCAGGCACGAGCAGUUGGCUGGGGUCAUGUGGUAAUUUGGUUCAGGAAGGUAGGAAACAAUAGUUUCAAUGGACAAUCUUGCUAUUGUUGGGCACGAGUUAGGCGAUGCGUCUGAAUUUGAGGUUAACGGCAUCGAGAACCUCACAGAGGAUGAUGUCAGUGAUGAGGAGAUUGAUGCCGAGGAGCUGGCCCGGCGGAUGUGGAAGGAUAAGAUCAAGCUCAAGAGGAUCAAGGAGAGGCAGCAGAAGCUUGCUCUGCAGCAGGCAGAACUGGAGUUGUCCAAGGAAAAUAAGCUGUCCAAUCAGGCCCUCCGCAAGAAGAUGGCAAGAGCCCAGGAUGGGAUCUUGAAGUACAUGAUCAAGUUGAUGGAGGUGUGCAAUGCACGGGGGUUUGUUUAUGGGAUUAUUCCUGACAAAGGGAAGCCUGUCAGUGGUUCAUCAGAUAACAUUCGCGCUUGGUGGAAGGAGAAGGUUAGGUUUGAUAAGAAUGGGCCGGCAGCAAUUGCAAAAUAUGAGGUUGAUAACUCAAUGCUGGUUGAUGCUAAGUGCCGCGGAGGAUUGAAUCAGCAUAGCUUGAUGGAUCUCCAGGAUGCUACUCUGGGCUCAUUGCUUUCAGCAUUGAUGCAGCACUGCAGCCCACAGCAGCGCAAGUAUCCGCUGGAUAAGGGUAUCCCUCCCCCUUGGUGGCCAUCAGGAAACGAGGGGUGGUGGAUUUCUUUAGGGCUUCCAAAGGGAAUAUCAGCACCAUACAAAAAACCACAUGAUCUUAAAAAGGUUAUGAAGGUUGGCGUGCUGACGGGUGUGAUCAAGCACAUGGCCCCACACUUCGAUAAAAUCAGGAACCGUGUGAGGAAAUCGAAGUGCUUGCAAGACAAAAUGACUGCAAAAGAGAGCUUGAUAUGGCUGGGAGUUCUUCAAAGGGAAGAAAUAUCUUUUCACUGUUCUGACAAUGUUGGAUCACAGAUUACCCACCGUAAUUCUCUUGAGGGCAGAAGUGAUGACACAUAUAGCAGCAGUGAUGAGUAUGAUGUCGACCAUUUGGAGGGGCCUCCUCAUUCUUCAUCAUCCAAAGAUGAUGAGGGAGGUAAUCAGCUAGCUGUGGUGCAUAUCAGAGAGGAGCAUGCCUCAAGUAUACAUAAUAAAGGACGCGGUGAUCAACAGUCCAAUCAAGUAUGUCCUAUCAAUGAAGAAACUAAUGGAUCAAGGAAGAGAAAGAGAAAUAGAACUAGUGGCCAUUUUCGUACUGCUGAGUCCGAGGUUGAGGUAACACAAAGAAAUGAUAAUCCACCAGAAAUUGUGAGCAAUGCAUUGCCCUAUACAAACGAAAUAAACCAAACAGAGAUGCUGGGCAUUGCUAACCAGACGACAAGCCUCAGUCAUGUCAAUACAAAUGGAGCUUUACAACACCAAGAUGUUCGAGGGAACUUCAUAUCUUCUUCUGCUGCUGUCGUUAAUAACUAUAACAGCAAUCAGAUUACAAAUGUCACUCCAUCAAGCAUUUAUAUGGGAGAUCAGCCUUUAGCAUGCCGAAAUAAUGAUCACACAAAUCCAUGGUCUGAAAACACUUUUCAGGUUGAUGCUGGUCCACCAGCUAUUGGUUUUGCUACCAAUUCUUCAUCAGUUGGUUAUCAUACUUUGCCCAUGAAACAAUCACUACCAGAAGCUAUGGAUCACCGCGUGUCUGGUCCACCAGCUAUUGGUUUUGCUACUAAUUCUUCAUCAGUUGGUUAUCAUACUUUGCCUAUGAAACAAUCACUACCAGAAGCUAUGGAUCAUCGCGUGUCUGGUCCACCAGCUAUUGGUUUUGUGACUAAUUCUUCAUCAGUCGGUUAUCAUACUUUGCCCAUGAAACAAUCGCUACCAGAAUCUAUGGAUGACCACGUGCCUAUUACAGAGACAGGGGUAAGCAGUUCAUAUGGUUAUCACAUCACAGCCACAGGCAAUGGGAAUUCACCUUCUGUUGCUGGCGAUGCCAAUCAGCUUAUGGGAGACCCUUUCUGCAGUAGUACUGCCGAUAAGUUUGUAGACAGUUCAUUUACUGGACUGCCUUUCAACUUUGUUGGUAUGAAUAGUCCGACCCAUGACAUUGGUGAAUUGCUAGAUGAUGAUGAUAUAAUGCAAUAUCUGGGAACAUAACCUAGGAGUUCCUAAAGUGUUCAGUAGUUAAUCUCAACUUGGGAAGACGGAUGCGCGUGGCCUUUAGAAGGGGCAUCAUGACAUGCUGGUGUUCGGCUUUACCUGCUUCAACCAGUGAAGGAUGAGUGGUGCCUAUGCUGAUAUGCUCUGUAGUCUCCAGUUUUGCACCCUGCUAUGUUAACCUGUCCUGGAUGCUUUUAGCCUGUAAAAAUGCUGGAGAGUUUCUGCUUUCCUGAAUAGACUGGAUGCUUGUAUACAUUUCUUUACCUGUACCAUCAUAUGUUGCUCCUUUUAUUUUUCCUUUUCUCUUUCUCAUAGAUGCAUCUUGACGUAUGAGAUCAUUGUAUGUUUGUUGCGUAUCAGUUCUUAUAUAACAAUAUACUCACUUAUGCAUGAUGGAUGUAGUGCUGCUAUG